AUGGCAACCAACGAAGCGCUGCCGCGCACCACCGUUGAUCUCAUCAGCACAGGCACUACAGUCUCUAAAGAUUUCCCCUCAGAGUCUCUGGAAUUACUCACUCUGUUUUACAACAAUACUGGUGUCUUUCACACAAUUAAACCUGAACAUAAUAUUAAGGAUUCUUUCUCUAACCUUAUUGGUGGAGUUCUUAAGGUUAUUACAAUUGAACGGGGGAGAAUCUCUUGCCUCCUCACCAUCAAACCUCCUACACUGAAUCUUUAUGGAGGAAUGCAUGGAGGAGCAGUUGGGGCUGUGGCUGAGAGGUUGGCAAUUGCUUGUGCUAGAACAGUUGUAAGAAAAGAUAAGAAUCUCUUCCUUGGAGAAUUAAGCAUAUCUUACCUCUCUGCAGCUCCACGUAAUACUGAAGUAAUUGUUGAUGGGUCUGUGGUAAGGAGUGGGAGGAACUUGACAGUAGUUGCAUUCAAACAUCAAAGAUACAGACAUCUUGCUCAGUUCAUAAAACCUUUGAAGCAACCAUGGAAAAGAAACAGUGCAAACUACAGGCAAGAAAAUGAAGUGUUUCUUCAACUUGUUAAAGUAAACCGUCAAUUAUUAUAG